CAACACAGUUAACAGUUCGUAAUAAUUUUAGCGAUUCAACAAGAUUUAAUGCCAUGAAAACAAUACGAAAUCAACAAUGAAUAAAUAGAAAAAGUUUUAUGUAUUUGAAGCUAUAUAUAUUGUAGAAUGUCUGAAUGAAAACAUCGUUGUAUUUGUGGCUUUUAGGAACUAUUUUCUAUGUUUGCGAAAUCCCUCACACAGUCUUGAGUAAUCCUCUAUUCAUAAUCAGUUUUACGAGUUCUUGUUGUAGUCUUCCGCGUUCUCUACCUUGGCCAUUAUCGGUGAGUGUAGAUGAAGGUGAAGAAAGACCGGAGUUAAUAUCAACGACAAACGACCGAUUAAUGCGAACUGUUUGGAUUCCAGUUCGACAGUCUUCCAAGUACUGAAUUCGUCUAAAACACUACUCCACUACUCGGUUCAUCAAGGAAGCUAUCAACUAACAAUACUGGAGUGGAUGUGAGGGAAAUCUGGUCUUGUCACAGAACCUGUUCCAAAAAAAAAAAAGACCAAACACAGAACUUGUUCCAAAACGAAUGACAAUCAUUGAAUAUUUUGAUUGAGAAAAUGAGAUGACAUUUUAUGUUCAGCUAUAACGUCUAUUUAAUUUUCUCUGAGAAAGGUUUAAUUUCCAUUUGUGCGAGUUUCUAAAAAAAUGGUAGAGAUGAAGAGCCUACAGGAAGAAGAAGAACAAACACCCAAUCAGAUGGAGCUACAAACAAAUAUGCGAAACAGACAACCUGUAAGAGAGGAAGGUAAUUCCCAAAGACAGUUUUCCUCCAAGCGAGAUAUAAUUGAUAAUCUGUGCACGAAUGUCAACCAAGAUUUACUGGUUUCCAAAACUUUUUAUUUCUUUUUCUUCUCAGCCUUUGGAUCUUUAUUCCCACUUUUGGCGGUUUACUUUAAACAAAUGGGAAUGAGCGCAAUACAGAGUGGUCUUCUUAUAGGAUUACGACCUUUUAUCGAAUUUCUCAGCGCUCCAUUGUGGGGAGGAUUGGCUGAUCGAUUUAGAAAAGGAAAAAUAAUGCUCUUAUUUUCAUUGUUCUGUUGGAUUGUCUUUACAUUAGCUUUAAAUUUCAUCUAUCCUCCUCCAUCUUCUUGUGUCAUCUACAACGACACGCAUCACCUGCUCUACGCUCCUCGCACACAUCUUGAAAAACGCAGUGUUUACAAGAGCGAAAUGAUUGAAAUAAGCAAUCUUUCAGAUCUGGCUUUCAACAUAUCCGAAGAAGAGGUUUGGUCAGUCUCAAAUUAUGAUGGAGAGAAACCUUAUAAGCAGCAAAUUUUAUGGAGAAAUAGAAGAGCAACUUACAAGGAAGAGAGACACAAACCACCUCCAAAUGUCAUAGUAGGACUUUCACCUAAUGACGUGCAGUACACUCUGAACUAUAACCGCAAGGAACACGAAAAUUAUAUUUCUCCUUUGAAUAGCUCAAUAGUUUACAGAUACGAAGAUGUCCAGGAAGUAUUUUUUCUUUUAUUGCUUCUUGUUAUUUUGGGAGAGUUUUUCAGUGCUCCAGCAAUCACUCUAGCUGACACAGCUACGCUUACUUAUCUGGAGGAUAACACAGAUAACUAUGGUAAACAGAGAAUGUUUGGUUCCUUAGGCUGGGGGCUGGCUAUGUUUUUUGUUGGCGUCGCUUUGGAUCAUUCCACAUCCUUUGUGAAUCACCCAUGUGGACCUCAUUACCGGGAAAGAAAUUAUACAAUUUGUUUUGCCACGUUUUCUGUUUUAAUGGGCUGUGCUUUUAUUGCUGCUACCCAAUUCCGAUUUGACUACGAAGCUAUAGAGGAUACGAUCCCUAUGAAACCGGUGGAAAAUGAACCGGAACGUAAAGGAGCCACCAUGACGAUAGGUACCCUGGUAAUUGAGCAAGAUAUUCGACCGGAGCCAUCAAAAGAACCAGAGGCAACUGAAAGCACAGUGUUUGCGCAAACCAUGCGACGUCUACCAGAGUGGUUCACUAUUUUGAGAACUUUUGCUACUAUCCGCUAUGGGGCGUUCCUGUAUGUUACCUGGUUUAUGGGUUUCGGAAUUGGAUUAGUUUUUACCUUUCUAUUCUGGCACCUUCAGGAUUUAGGAGGCACACCUACUUUGUUUGGUGUGGCCUCUGUCAUAAAUCAUAUCUCAGAAGUAUUCGCUUAUUUCUUCAGCUUUAAGUUCAUCAAACAGAUCGGACAUACCAAGGUUUUGUGUGUUGGACUAUUUGGAAACGUUUGCAGGUUUCUGUAUAUUUCCUGGCUGAAAAAUCCAUGGUGGGUUCUUCCAUUCGAGUUUAUCCAAGGAAUAACCCACGCUGCUGUUUGGGCAGCCUGCUGCUCAUAUAUCACCCAAGCAACGCCAUCUAAUCUUCGUGCUUCAGCUCAAGGUGUUCUUCAAGGUUUACAUCAUGGACUUGGUCGAGGAUGUGGGGCCAUCUUAGGUGGUUUGUUUGUUAGUUAUUUUGGAACCCAAGUUACCUUUCGAGGCUACGGAUUUGCCUGUUUAGCUGUCCUGAUCAUUUUUGUUGUUGUAAACUACUACCGAAAGGACAAAGGCUUUUCAAACUUCCAGGACGAACAGGAACCUGAUAUGGUUGUUGAAGAAACGAGCCAUUUAGCACCUCACGGCGUCCCUUCCAAUCCAAUGGCACGGUCUUUAUCUAAACAAAACAUAACUGAAUUAGAUUUCAUAGGUCAACAGAAAGGAGGAAUAGGGAACGGAACGGGGCGAUAUGGAACAAGUAGCUCAGGAACUUAUGAAACUGGAGGAUUUCUUGGCCUUCCUGAAUCAGGAGGAGGAUAUUAUGGUGGAGGUGGUACCACCAACUAUUCCGAUAUCAACAUGAACAACACAGCCUUCAAUAAACCUGCGUUUGGUAGAAGUGCCCUAGCGGCAGCAUUUAACCCUAAAGGUAUUUUGGCGGCAUCACUAAGUCCAGAUAGCAGUUUCGACUAUAACUACAUCAAAAGAGAUUUUCAGGCUUACAACGAAGUACUGAACAGAAAUGAAGUUGGUAUGACUGAUAAAAAUGAUGCGGUUAUGGGGCCUGUUCCACGAACUUCUCUGUAUACCCCUCAACCAUUCAACUGGGAUGAACAGAGUUACGACUGGUAGACACAAUGAGCAGUGUCAAGGAAUAUAAAUAUUGUAUUUGUUUGCUUGUUUUAACUUUUACCAGAAAACGUGAAUUUAAUUUUGCAUAAAAUGAUAGCCAUUUGUGAAGUAACGAGUUUGAAGUGUCGUCCAAAUUAGAUGAAGAGUUUUCAAAAUUCGUGUUAAAAAUAUAAACCGAGUUAAUUUUAAACGUUUAGCGUUCGUCCUUCUCUUUCUGGUAACUUAAAUUUGCUCAUAAGUAAUACUGUAUACUAAGUAUUUUUAUUUUACUCAAAAUUAAAACCAAAUAAGUUGUAGUGCAUAUAUCUAAACAAAUUUGAUUAUAGUAUAAACAUUAUGUUCUUUGAAAUGUUAAACACAUAACCAAGACUGUUUAUUCUUGAAAUGUCUAGUGAAUCAUUAAAUAGCAAUUUUUUUUUAUUCAAAAUUAACAAUAAUUAGCAUUUUUAUUCUGCAAGUACCCAGAAACCUUGUGUAUCGUCCGGUAAGGUAUCAUAAUUGCUUUGUAAAUAACUAUAUAGUUUGCCAUAAAAGUGAAAAAAGAACUAUUGUUAAAUUUAUAUGUACGUACGUCAAAAUAAAUGUUAUUGAAAUUUAAGUCAUCCGAAGGAGGCAGCUCUGUAGUAUCGUAACUAUACGUAGAUAUAAUAUGUUUGUUUUAUUAAAACACUUAAAUUUCAUCAUUGUUUGUAUAGAAAUAUUUUACAAACAACAUUUCUAUCAUAAUUAAUAAAUAUCUGACAACGCAGCUCUCAGAUUUUAGCCAGAUUUUUGUUGUUAAUUUACAGCUAAUGAAUCGUCUUAGGUGUAAUUAUGAGCUUGCCAUCCAGGUUGUUCUUAACAAGAAAUUUCAACUUGAAUUGCCCAAACAGCAUCAUCUCGUAUUGGUUGUUUAACAGAAGAAAAGAAUAAAUAAGUGUAAUUUUCGUAUCUAAAUUAUAUACGCCUAGGAUAUGUCCACAUGCAUUUAAUUAAAGAUAAGUAGAUAAUGUUGUUCUGUCGAUAUCUUGACAGUUCAGAUCACGUGGAUUUGAAUCAAGAUAUUAAUAUAAGAAAUUGUUUAACAAGAAUUCACCAUAUAGAUUUUUCUUUUGUUCAUUUAUGGACUAUAAGUUGACCAUUUCCAAAUUGUCACCGAACACUAGUUUUCAAUAAAGAAAUAAACUUUUAAAAUUUAUCUUGCCGUGCUUGUUGUUGAGGUGCUCAGAGACUAAAGAAUAAUUCACUCUACUGGGUUUUAGGCAAAGGGAGAGUUUGGGCAGAUCAUCCUGGUAGGAAUAUUAAGUAUUUAUACGAUCCAACAGAAAUGCAGAAAAAGAAAAAUUUGCCAACAACGAUUGCUUUAAAACAAAUUUAAAAUCAUAUUAUAAGAUAACUGUGUCACAGUUGCUUAAAAUACUUAAUGCUCACAAUUUGUUAAAAAUUUACACGUUUUUUUGUCUAAAAUACAUGAGAACAUUUUAAUAAAAGUUGUUUCGAUUUAUUUAAGUUGCUUUGUUCAAAAGCAGUUCUUAACUUAUUAUGCGUAGUUGUAAAAUGUCUCAAAGUAUUAUUUUAUAAUAGUAGCUAUUUAGUAUAUUUACGUCUAUUUAUACUAUUAGGCAUCAUAGAAACUCUGGAAAAGCUGGAUUGUAUACUUACAUAUUUGACUGUCAUCAUAUUUUACUUAAUGAUUAGUGAGACCCCAACUUUAAAGAUAGCGAAACGAUAUAUAUUGUAUAUGAUUAUAAAUAUAGCUGUUCAUUUUCAAUACAUUUUACAGUUUCUAGAAACGAUAUAUAUUGUAUAUGAUUAUAAAUAUAGAUGUUCAUUUUCAAAACAUUUUACAGUUUCUAGAUCUUUAAAUCAAAAUCAAAAUUUGACUGAAAGUAAUAUUAUCAAGAACUAAGCGCAAUUAUUGUCGAGUGUUUGUUAUUUUUGGCUAUAUUUUCUUAUUCAGUUUUAUUGGUUUUAUCUCCAAUAACUGUAGUUAAAUGCAUCAUCCAUUGUAUAAAGCAAAAUAUAUUAAACUUUUCAAAGUGUAAUUUCUUUAAUUUUCACUCUACUCAUUAUUUUCUUGUUCUAUUUUGUGUGUCUUUUGUUAAAAUACAACAACUAUAAUGAAAAGCUGUUUAAAAUGACGGCGCUUAUGAUAGUUUUAUUUUGUAGUUAUGGUAAUGCAGCUGUUUCCUAUCGACAUGUUUUUUAUGUAUCUUUUAUCCAGUCGUAUGCUCAUAUAUUAGGAACUAAAUUGAUACAUAUAAACAUGCGUAUAAAAAUCUAGUUAUAUAAUAAUAUUUAUGUGUUAUAAAAAAUUACUCAAUUAAACUUCACUUCGAGCUGACUAAGCAAAUGUUGCUAUAGUAAUUUAAAAUUUUAUAGUUCAGUAUAUUAGUAAGUUACACUGAUAAUAA